AAAAAACACUUGCCAUAUGUAUCCUUUGUAAUCCCUCCUUUGCUAUAAUAUUUAAAUAAAUUCUACGCGUUUGCUUGCGUGUAGAAGUAUGACUCCUUCCAUCAAAACCUUAUAAAUCUUUGAACUCCCACGAUCACAUUCUCAAAUCAUACACAUUAAACACACAGAAACCCAAAAAAGAAAAACAAAAUUCAUGACCAUGACCAGAAACGUGCUUCUUUCUUUCCUCCUCCGGCAGCUACUGUUUAUAGCAGCCGGACAAUGGUGCCUGAAUCUGACACAAGCCGCCGGAGGCCGGUGGAACCUUCUAAGUCACAACAUUGGCAUAACAGCCAUGCACAUGCAACUCCUCCACAACGACCGAGUUGUCAUCUUCGACCGAACCGACUUCGGCCACUCCAACAUCUCACUGCCAAACGGCAAAUGCCGCAAAGACCCCAAGGACCUGGCUUUAACCACAGACUGCACGGCCCACUCAGUCGAGUACAACGUCGCCACCAACACUAUACGUCCCCUCAUGGUCCUCACCGACGUCUGGUGCUCCUCAGGUGCUGUCGUGUCUGACGGCCGUCUGAUCCAAACCGGUGGGUUCAAUGAUGGAGAAUAUGUGGUCAGAAUUUUUCAGCCAUGUAGUUACUGUGAUUGGCAGGAACUUAACUCUAAGUUAACUAAGAGAAGGUGGUACGCCACCAAUCACAUAUUGCCGGACGGCCGGCAAAUCAUCAUCGGCGGUCGGCAACAGUUCAACUAUGAGUUUUACCCAAAAACUGCUUCGUCUUCGGAAGCUUAUAAUUUACCCUUUUUAGCUCAGACCAGUGACCGAAGGAUAGAGAACAACCUAUAUCCAUUUGUUUUCCUGAACGUUGAUGGAAAUUUGUUUAUUUUUGCUAAUAAUCGAGCUAUAUUAUUCAAUUAUUUCAAAGGUGUUGUUGUAAAGACUUACCCGGCAAUCCCUGGCGGCGAUCCUCGGAGUUAUCCGAGCACUGGGUCUUCAGUUCUCCUUCCAUUGAAGGACUUACAGGGAACUCAAAUUGAAGCUGAAGUUUUGGUCUGUGGUGGUGCACCCAAAGGAUCGUACAGCAGCGCGAUAAAUGGCAAGUUUGUCGGGGCUUUGAAUACGUGUGGGCGGAUCAAAAUAACCGACCCGAAUCCUCAGUGGGUUGUGGAGAAAAUGCCACUGGCUCGGGUCAUGGGUGACAUGCUUUUACUACCAAACGGCAACGUAUUGAUCAUUAACGGUGCCGCGUCAGGCACUGCUGGAUGGGAAAAUGGUCGGGACCCGGUUCUUAAACCAAUAAUUUACCUACCCGUCAGUCCAAUUGGGUCUCGAUUCGAAGUACAAAAUCCGACCACCGUACCCCGUAUGUACCAUUCUACGGCAAUUCUGCUGCGCGAUGGUAGGGUUCUUAUUGGCGGUAGCAAUCCUCAUGAAUUGUACAAGUUCACCGGUGUCCUUUUUCCGACGGAAUUACGUUUGGAGGCAUUCUCUCCAUCGUAUUUGGACUCAGGGUCUGCAAUUUUGCGUCCAAAAAUUGUUUCGCCCGUUCCUCAAGUUAAGCUCGGGUAUGGGAAAAAGCUAACGGUUCAGUUCACAGUCACGGGUGUACUAAAUGGGAAUUUGGUCUCGAUUACAAUGGUUGCACCAUCAUUUAACACACACUCAUUCUCAAUGAAUCAGAGAUUGUUGGUGCUUGGUGGAGGGAACGUGGUAAAAGUAGGAAAAUCCACAUAUGAAGUGACAGUGAUGACACCGGGUUCGGGAAAUCUUGCACCUUCCGGAUAUUACCUUCUAUUCGUGGUUCAUCAAGAAAUUCCUAGUGAAGGUAUAUGGAUUCAUAUACAGUAAUUUAUAUAUAUACAUCAUGGUUUAUCGUAUCAGUCACGGUCGCGAUAUAACGAAUUAAGACAAAGUCAGUAUAAACUGGCCGAUUUGAAUUGCGUAUCAAACUUGAAGAAGAGUUGUGUAUGACUUAUAUACACAAAUCAUUCCCAUUUCAAAUUUAUCUCAUGUAUUUAUCUUUUUCUUAGUCCAAAAGUGUGAAUACAAAUUUAAGAAAAAGUUGUAUUUAGAAGGUUAGGUGAAUUCUUAAGGUUGUAAGGUUUGAAUAAUUUGCAGAGAUGAUGCUAUCAUUGUAAGUGGAGGCAUGAAAGCUUGAUGCUUCUGAUGACCAAAA